UCUUCCGAAGCCCUAGAAUUUACAGAAAACUCCAUUCAUCACGCUCGACCCAGUUCCAAUCUAAUCCGCACCGUCCAUUUCACCGAUCUCCCAAUCCCCGCCGGCGACUAAACCAAAAAGCUUCCCGCUAACGUAUUUCCGGUCCAAAAUCGUACGGUACGGACCGUCAAUUCUCAGUCGACCGCGAUCAAUUCUCACUGACUUUCUAUUGAAUGUUCAAUACAGGUGUAUAAAGUUGUAGACUUGGCGUGAAAUGGAAGGGAUUGGAGGGAGUGAAGAUGGGGUGAUGCAGCAGCACCCUCAAGUUCAUUACCUGCCGGAGCACGAUGAUCACCAUCACCAUGGUUUUAUGAGCAAUGGGAAUGUGAUGGAGCAUGAUGAGCAUGAUGAUAAUGGUGGUGGAAAUGGAGGGAGUGGUGGCAGCGAAUGUAUGGAAGGCGAUGUUGCUGCUGCUGAUCCAGGGAACCUGUCGGAUAAUCAUAGUCCGAUUGUAGUUCAUGGAGGCAAUGAAAGUAGUAAUCAGCUGACCCUCUCGUUCCAGGGGCAGGUCUAUGUGUUUGAUUCUGUGUCUCCUGAUAAGGUGCAAGCUGUGCUCUUAUUACUUGGUGGCCGUGAGGUCCCUCCAACCACCCCUAUGCCUAUAACAAAUCAGAAUUAUAGAGGGCUACCCACUGCUCCUCAGAAGCUUAAUGUUCCACAAAGACUGGCAUCAUUAAUUAGAUUCCGAGAGAAGCGUAAAGAACGGAAUUUUGAGAAGAAAAUUCGCUACACUGUUCGAAAAGAGGUUGCUCUUAGGAUGCAACGGAACAAAGGGCAAUUUACAUCAUCGAAGCCCACUCAGGAUGAGUCAGCAACAGCUUCAAAUUGGGACUCAUCUCAGGGUUGGGGUACAAAUGGAGGUGGAUCGCAAAUUCAAAAUCAAGAGAUUUUCUGUCGACACUGUGGUAUCAGCGAGAAAUCUACUCCAAUGAUGCGACGUGGACCAGAAGGACCUAGGACACUUUGUAAUGCUUGUGGACUAAUGUGGGCAAAUAAGGGAACUCUCAGAGAUCUUUCAAAGGCAGUGGUGCCCCCACUAGGGCAUGGUACAUCUCUUCACCGAAGUGAAGAGAAUGGAAAUGUCGAGGCUUCUCAAAUGAUUAGAGGCACAGAGAACGGCGAUGACUCGCUAUGACUUCGUUACAUGUAUGAUUAAACCAGAACGACUGUAUGAUAGCCCCUCUAGAUUGGAAUAUGUUUUUAACUUGUUAUCCUGUCAUUUCAUCUAUUUAAGUUUGAUUCUAGUUUCUAGCUUUUGUGAUUUCUUCUGUAGCAUCAACUCUGAACCUGAGUGUAAAAUGCAUUGUUCAACAUCAAAGAAAAGCCAAGUUAUUUUGCCAA